UGUCAUGAUCUGAGAUGAUUGAGGGUUGAGUUGGUUGUUGCUUCGAAGAUACUGUGUCUGACUGUCUGUAUUUGUGUUUGGAAGGUUCUAGAAAAUGAGUGGAGCAGCGGAGAAAGAGAAAGAGAAAGGAUCUGGAACCACAAAGACCCCUGCUGAUUUCCUCAAGUCCAUUCGCGGCCGCCCCGUUGUUGUCAAGCUCAAUUCUGGCGUUGAUUAUCGUGGUAUCCUGGCUUGUCUUGAUGGCUAUAUGAAUAUUGCAAUGGAACAAACAGAGGAGUAUGUCAACGGGCAACUGAAGAACAAGUAUGGUGAUGCCUUCAUUCGAGGGAAUAAUGUUCUAUACAUUAGUACGUCAAAUAGGACUCUAGCAGAAGGGGCUUAGCGUAUCAUCUCAAACGCUUUUAUUUGGAAGACAUUCUUUUGUGUUUGAGUUCAACAGAUAAAGUAUGUUUUUUCGCUUCUGUUGAAAUCAUGGAACGGGAUUGAAAUCACGUUGAAGUAUAAUCGAAUGCAAUUUUUCUGAAUAUUAAAAGAAAUUGAAAUUAGGAUCCCAAUUUUCAUUUUUUUUUGUUUUUAUCGUUUUGGAAUUACGUAACUGAUAUGAUAUACAUGAAUUUAUUACAUAACUGAAUACCUAAACAUACAAUUACUUCUGUUCA